AGCAAGAAAGCACGGGGCCCAGCUUGGACUGCUAACCUAAAACGCUUUGGAUUAAAUACCUGGCAUACCUGUAGUGUUUUUAUUAUAAUCAUUGAAGGCGGAAUCCCCCUCAUUAACUUCCGCUUUCGCUCUGAGGGCGGGGGUGUGUUUCUGCAGCUGCACGAGCCCCACCCUCUGUUGUUGUUGUUUUUAUUAUUAAUAACGGUCGCGCGCUGUGGCUCGUGCUAUCAACCGCUGAUUUGUUGCCGCCGCCGAGAGUUGGCUCGCCGCGCGCAUGCAGCAGAAUGGCUCGAGCGGUUCCAACGGUUCUGACGGCGGCAGCAGGGAUCGCCAGGCUCUGUCCUUCAGCCCGCUGCCCGCCGCCACGACACGGGUGAGGCGGUUCAUCCAGGAGAGACGGACGCUGCCUCUACCCAGAGUGAUGGUGGUAUUCUCGGCCGCGGGGGACACCGAUAAACCGGGCGAUGCCAUGUCCAGCUCGGACUCUGCUGCGGAGGACGAGUUCCGAAAGCCGGCCUCCCCAGCCCCGAGCUUCACCCUCGGCACGCCGCUCCGCUCCUCGCUCAACCCGCCGGAGCAGGAGUUUCCAGAGGUCAUCUCUCUGAACGUUGGGGGCACGUACUUCACCACUCGCCUAUCCACGCUGCGGCGAUACGAGGACACCAUGUUGGCCGCCAUGUUCAGCGGGCGCCACUACAUCCCACGUGAUGCUGAGGGACGCUACUUCAUCGAUCGGGAUGGAGCGUAUUUUGGUGACAUCCUGAACUUCCUGCGAGAAGGUGAGCUUCCUCACAGGGACCGGGUGCGGGCGGUGCACAGAGAGGCUCAGUACUACGCCAUCGGCCCGCUGCUGGACAGCCUGGAGGACACUCAGCCGCUCACAGGGGAGAAAGUCCGACAAGCUUUCCUGGAUCUGCUGCCAUACUACAGAGAGAAUCUGGAGCGUAUCGUAGAGAUUGCGAAACUGCGGGCUAUGCAGAAGAAAGCACGCUUUGCCAAGUUGAAGAUCUGUGUCUACAAGGAGGAGAUGCCCAUCACGCCAUAUGAGCGUCCUCUUUUUAACUCUCUGCGUUUUGAGCGCUCGGACAGUGAGGCCAAGCUCUUUGAGCACCAUUGCGAGGUAGACGUUUCCUUCGGACCCUGGGAGGCGGUGGCGGACGUAUACGACCUGCUGCACUGCAUCGUCAGUGACCUGGCCGAGCGCGGCAUCUCCGCCGAGCAGCAAUGCAUCGGCGUCUGUGACAAGCACCUUAUCAACCAUUAUUACUGCAAGAGGCCCAUCUAUGAGUUCAAGAUCACAUGGUGGUGAAGCAGGAGGGAGACAAUCAGGGCUGAUGGGACCAAAAAGCAAAUGGAUGGAUGUUCUGUUUUUACUAUAACUCGGCCGAUAUUGGUUUUUUAUUGAAGUUGCCAAUAUUUUGUGCUGAUGUCUUAAAAUGCGACCCUUUAAGUCAUGCUUCAACAUGUAAGUAUUCUGUGUUGCCCCAAAACAUUUUUUAUUUUCUUUCUUUUCAAAAUGAAGAACACUCUAAAGCAAACUAAUUACACUAAGUUACCUCUUUAUUAGGUACACCUAACUAAAGCCAAUGCAACGGUCCUGCGAUAUAUCUUACAUCUGAAACUAUUUAAACAAAAACUUAGAUUAUAACUCUCACAAGGAAGGAUUUAUAGUAUAAAUCCUAUAGGACAGUAGCAUUGCCUAAUAAACUGGCAGCUAAGUGUAAGUACCAAAGCACUUCUAAGACUUUAAAGAGUAACAUCCCUUAAAAAAAUCUUGUUUUUGUUGACCUCCAGUGAUUUAACCUCUCAGCUUGAUGCAGUGAUGUAACGGUGUACUCCAGGACCCUGUGACAUCACUGUCGGAUGUGGUUACAGGUGCAGCAAAGCACACUUCUGACCACACCCAACAGUUAUGAAGAAACAGUUUCAACAAGAGGGGAAGAACACCACUAUUCAGUUGGUAAGUUACAAUUUAAAAGUAAUUAGUAAUUGUGAAAUUUAGGACACAGUCAGGGUGCGUUUCAGAUUUGGUAACGGCAAUAGUCUGGUACAUAGUCUCUGUAGUUUCAUGCAGGUCGAAGAAAAAACAAAUAAAAAAUGAUACGCCUCUCCAACUUGCGUGUGUAACUUCAGAGACUGUGUGCUGAAGUUUUGUAACUGAAUGCAUCCCUGCUGUAGAAGUACUGAUGAAGGAUUGCAGCUGCAAAACUGUGCAAAAAAUUAAAACUCUGAGAUGUUCAUUGCAUCAGACGAGAAUGGCAUGGCCAUAUAUCCCAAUCGAAAGCCAGUUCCACACAUUAUCCUAAAUGUAUUGUUAUAUUUUUAUAAUUUACUGAUAGGAUUUAUUCCUAGCUUUGCCCAACCUGAAAUGAUGUGUGAUUGUUAGUAAACUGUCGCUCCACAUUUCCAGAACAAAGAAAUUAAGCAGUAAAUGUUAAAUAUUGUAAGUAGGUAAAGUCUGAAGUCAAAUGUGUAUUUUUUAGGACUAAGUUUUGUUUCAGGAUGCAGAGUAAACUGUGAGCCUGUUCCUUUUUGGAUAAACAGAGUAUAUUUUAAUUAUGCAACCUCCUGAGGAGCGCGUUUUUACAGAUGUGAGAAGGUUUGGGUGGUAUCCAUUUCGUCUCUAUAUUUUAGUCGUGACUUAAAGCUGCAGGGGAUUGAACGUAGCUGACGUUAAACACUAAUGCAAAUUCGCAAAUGUCAGAAAUACAGCUGUUUACACAUUCGCUUAGAAAAUGUAUAAUUAUUGUCACUGUCACAGAGUAAAUAAUAUUGUUAUUUUACGUUACUUCAUUCCACCUUUUUCAACAUUAUAAAAUUCACCGAAGCUGCGAUAUAAAGAUAAAGGCUAAGCUAAAUGUUAUUUCCUACUGUACUUGACAAUGACGUCUAAGCACUUUGUGAUUGUAACUAAUGUUUUAUUUUUACCUCAAGUGCAAGUAUCAGAUAAACAACAAUAGAAAGCAACAUCAGUUUAUUUAUAAAAGACUUAUUUUGUUGAUCUACAAGUAACAAAUAAUGCAGGAAAGAUGCUACAGUGCUAAUUUACACCGUUAUGUUUGCAACGUUUUUAUAUUGUUAUUUAUCUGUUUCUGUUAGCUUCUAGGAAGCUAUGGUUCUAUAGUAUUAUUUGGGUUUAGUUUGCAGUGAAAAAGAAAUG